GACCAACCCGCAGCUAGCUGCACGUCAGGCGAGGGCCCGAGGCUGCCGACCGGGCCUGUGCCGGCACCAUGCGCGGCCUCAGCGCUGUCCUGUCCGCUCUCUCGCUCCUGCUGUUGGAGCCGGCGGAGGCUUUCGUAGGUAGAGUGUAUCCAUGGGGAAAUAAGUUUCAGCCCAAUCGCACAAACCUUUGGCAGGGGAAAUUUCCAGAACAGGACACAGCAGAAGAUGGUUAUCAUGGUGUAUCCCCUGUGAAUGCAUUUCCACCACAGAAUCACUAUGGCAUCUAUGACAUGCUGGGAAAUACAUGGGAAUGGACUGAAUCGGAGUACGUUCCAGCAGGCCCACCGGUAAAGGUUGAAUCUCAGAAGAUUUAUGUUCUGCGUGGAUCCUCAUGGAUUGACAGUGUGGAUGGACUUGUGAAUCAUAAAGCACGGGUCACAAGCAGAAUGGGAAACACCGCAGACUCGGCUUCCGUUUUUAGAAUGGGAAACACCGCAGACUCGGCUUCCCACAUGUAUCUCAAGUAUCUCAAGUAUAUCCUUCAAGUAUCUCCUUCAUAUUUAAUAAAUGUAUAUCUUUCUUUCAUAUUUGAUAACCAUUUUGACAUAUUAAAUAAAUUGAAUUUUGUUUGAGUA